GAAUCCCAACAAAUCUUCUAACCACUCUCCGAAGUCACUUAGGCACUAUGAAUCAAUCGAGAAUCAAGGAACAAAAGGUAAAGGAAGAUUGCAGUCGAAAGAAUCAAAGAAAUGGAUGGCCCGACGGAUUAUGAUUUCUGCUCGAUAUGCCAAGCCAAUUUUCAUAUUCCUUGCCAAGCCAAUUGCUCUCAUUGGUUCUGCGGUAAUUGUAUAUUACAAGUUUGGAAUUAUGGAUCUGCUCUUCAUCCUUGUAAAUGUCCCCUAUGUCGACGUGAGAUCACCUUGUUGGUUCCUAGUGAGGUUUCAUCAAGGCAGCGUCACGAUCCUGGAGUUGCUGAGGUUUUACAGAGGACAGAAAGAUAUAACCAUAUUUUUGGUGAACGUUCAAAUGGUCUUAUGCAGAGGAUGCAAGAUCUUCCCUUUCUUUUAAGGAGAUUGUUGCAAGAUUUGAUCAAUCCACAAAGAUCACUUCCGCUUGUUAUGCGGGCACGUGUUUUUCUGGCAAUUAUAUUGAGUGCUACAUAUGUCCUCAGUCCCGUGGACAUUGUCCCUGAAGCGCUGCUAGGUAUCAUUGGUCUUCUUGAUGAUUUCAUUAUUGUGUUGAUAUGCUUCCUCCAUGUUGCUGCCCUUUAUCGAUCUGUUCUUGUUCUCCGUCAUGGAGGGUCUUAAGGUCGACUCGAGUUUUGAUUCUACUACCAAAGAAAAGGAUUUACAUCAUAUCUUGUGGUUGUAAUUAUGUUUUUACUCUUUUCUAUUGUAGCAGUGGAACAAUCAUAUACAUUGAAUUGAAUUGGAUUCUACAUUUCGUCACAUUCUUCAUUGUUCUCCCUUCUUCUUUGGAUGGGAUAUACAGACAUUUCAAUUGAAA